AUGAGCGCGGGUGCGGCGGCGGAUGGGUUCUACACCAUCGAGGUCCUGGAAGGCGCCUUGUCGCUGGACGGCCAGCGGCUGCAGACCACCUUCCGCUCCCACUUCCUGCUGGAUCGCACCAAGGGCGCCAUCAGCCACCAGAGUGGAGCCAUGGAGGGCCUCAUCUGCCAGAACCGCACGCGGCUCUGCCACAGGGCCACGGGCGCUGAAUGGAUGCGGAUCCAGAACGUGGGGGACGGCGCCGACUGGACCGAGUGGCGGCCCUACGAGAGCGUCACCUCUUGGGCCAGCCAGCCUGGUGUGCCGGUGCUGGUGCAGUACCACGCGGCCCAGAGCGCCAGCUUCAUGGUGGGGGACUGCGUCGGAGACGGCUUGAAGCCGUGCUAUGCCAGCUGGCACGGGCACAUGUUCCUGAGAGGCGAGUGGAACGAGUGGGGCCAAGGGGCAGAUGGCUCCAUGGAGAAGAUCGACCACUUCACCUGGGCCUCCAACGUGUCCUUCACGAAGUUCACAAAAUCCAAGUUGGCCCCCUACCCAGGCAGCUGGGAGAAGUCCUAUGGCCUGCACCCGGAGCGGGAGCUUCUGUACAACCUCCCCAGCUUCGACCCGCGCUCCCAGACCUUCGCAGUGGAGCCGUACCUGUCGGGCACGGAGGCUUCGGCCGCCUGGAUGCGCCGCAAGGACCGCUGGACGGCGAACCAGGGCAUCGCCAGCGGCGCGGAGUUCGCGCAGGAGCUGUGGCUGAACCACCUCUGUACUGCGGCACCGCCCAAGUGCAUUCCGGAGGCCAACGCGCAGUGGCAGUGCCACGGCUUCAAACCGGGCCAAGACCAAGAGUGGUGCAGAAGCGCCGGCGUGGUGGGCUGCAUGGAGUACCAGGAGAACGACCAGUCCGCCGCGAUGUCCUCCUGCGGGGGCUGCUCGUGCUGUGCCCGCAAGGUGAACUUUGUGGACAGCGGUCCCAACCAGACUUGCUGCAUCCUCUUCAACGACCUGCUGCUGAACUACACCGUGACUUCUGAUUUGACGCGCUGCGCCCCAAAGCACGUCCAGGUGGAAGGCACCACCACCACCACCACGGCCUGGCUGCGGACCUGCAGCCCUCGGCCCCUGACCCUCGAGGAGGCGCGCAUGUCUGGCAGCACCAUGACGUCGCCCUUCUACCUGGGGAGUCAGGAGAACGCGGUGACGCUGCAGGAGUCUCUGGACUGGAGCCGCCAGCGCAUAGGCGAGGCGGAGACGAACUUUGCGGCCGAGCUCCGGGAGCCUUCGCCCGAGAGUUGGGAGGACCAGGUCUUUUACAGCAUCCUGGUGGAUCGCUUCGCCAACGGCGACAUCAGCAACGACGACAGCAACAUCCCGGACUUCCAGCGUGAGCAGAUGAAGUCAAAGCAGCCCUGGUCCGUCCAGCAGUGGCGGCACGGGGGAGACCUCCAUGGCAUCAAGACACGACUCAGCUACCUCCGGGACUUGGGGGUCACCGUGCUGGCGCUGUCCCCCAUCUUCCUCAACAGUGACGGGAACUAUUUGGGCAGCUGCACUACAGACCUGACGAGCGUCGACCCGAACUUCGGGAACAAGGAGAUUUUGCGGGAGCUGGUGAAGGAUGCCCACAGCAUGGGCCUGCGGGUGGUGCUUGAUGUGCAGGUGAACCACGCCUGCGGGCGGGGGCUGAAGUACCUGGGAUCCAGCAACAACGUGGAUGGGGUGAACCUCUGCGUGCAGUCGUCUGAGGAGAGCUACUGGAACACCGAGCGGGGCGAGCCACUGAACGAAUACGGCCGCAGCCGCAUGGGCUGGGGGGACUCCUUGCCCGCCUUUCUGCGGCACCAGAGCUUCUACGUGCGCUGCGGCCCAGCCAAGCUCUACAGGCCGGGCGGACAGAGCUUCACGGAUCUGCCACCAGAGAACGCCACGGCCAAGGAGGGCGGGCUGCUCUUCCCAGAGAUCUUCCAGGAGGACCACUUCGAGCUGAACAGUAUGGACCCUGUACUCCAGGAGCUCUACACCAACAUGCUCAAGUUCUGGAUCGCGGAGGUGGACAUCGAUGGGUACCGAAUCACCGCGGCGGCACACGUCACUGCCGAUUUCACGGCCUAUUUGUCGACGCACCUGCGAUUCUACGCGACAGCCCUGGGCAAGGAGAACUUCUACAUCGUGGGGGAGGUGGACCAGGCCUCCACCCCUUACGGGGCCAGCUACCUGGGUCGGGUGCAGCCUGGAGAAGGCCCGCAGCUGCUGCCCAAGAGGGUGCAGGGCGUCAUGGAAGAGCUGUGCCAGUACUACAGCGCCUUGCCGCAGCAAAGCCCCGGGCUGCUGUCCAGCUAUCCCCUGCAGGAGGCGUACCACAUCCGCAACACCGUGCUCAUGGGCGGAGAACAUGCCAUGGACCUGUACGAGAACAAGAACACCUUCGAGGCGGUGCAGCGCUCCCGGGAGGCCUUGAGCCGUGGCCAGCCCGCGCUGGCGCUGGCGGCCGCGGAGUCCCAGCGGAUGCGGCGGCUGCUGAGCCACGCGCCGGGGGAGCUGUGGCGCCUGCAGAUCGCCAUGGCCUGGAGCUUCACCUGGUACGGCAUCCCGGAUUUGGCCAGUGGCAUCGAGCAGGGCCUGAACGGACUGUGCUACCGGAACGACCAGGAGCGCAUGGAGAUGAAAAAGAAGAUGGAAGAGGAGCACAUCCCAGGCGAUGUGGCAGCCAGCAUCCUGGCCAAUUGCGACUACCAGGCUUUGGGCCAACAGACGGACGGCGGGUUUUGGCAUCAGGACUCUUUCCUCGGAGGGCCGAUGCGGCUGGGAUCUGCUGUGCCGAGGGUGAACGACCAGGUGGGGAUCCUGGGGCGGCUCAUGGGGUCCAGCGGGCCCCACUGGUGCGAGGACCCGGUGCUGGACCGGCAGAACCAGGCCUUCCACCUGGCGCGGGCGCUGAUCCGCAUGCGCCGGUCCUGCGCGGCGCUGCGCUCCACGCAGGACGUGGCGGCCAGCGGGACCUUCUCGGAGCAGCUGGCCUAUUGGAAGCUCCAUGAUGCCGAGGCGGGGAGCGAACAGCCGCUGGGGAUGCUGGUGGUGCUCAAUAUCGUGGCGUCUCCCAGCACCGCAGCCAGCAAGUACACGCUGCCCGAGCAGCUGCCCUACAAGGAGGGCCAAGCUUUCAUCGACCUGCUGCAGCCCGAGAGGCUGGCGGCAGUGUUCACGGACGCCAACGGCACCCGGAACCUGCUGGUGCCCGCGGAGUUGACGCCUUCCCACGUGGCCAUCUUCGCCCCCGUGGAGGCCGCGGUCGAGGAGACGAGAGCGACUGGCUAG